AAGAGAUAUGCGUCUAAUGACGUCAUAAUAUAAGCGUCGGUCGUCUGCUAAAAUGGCGGCUGCCGAAAUUCAGAUAGUAAAUCCUUCUAAUUUAGCUAAAAUCGAGAGUUUUCUAAAUGAUCCUAGUUACAAAGAAAUCAUUGAGAAUUCCUCUACGUUUAAUUCAAGAUUAUGUGCAGAAAGGAGGAUGCGAAUGCCUUUUAUCGAUACCCAAACCGGUGUCGCACAAAGUCAUUGCAACUUAUUCAUGACCAGAAAACAGCGCAUGCCUGGUCUUCGAGAGGGCCAGGUCUAUUCAUAUCCAGCGCAAAGAUGGCGCAAAUCCCGGCGACAAUACCUCACAAUGUCUUCUACCCGGUGGGGCUGGAGUGGGGCUGACAACCUUGCAGAUAACACUGGAGAGGGUGAGAACAGCUCUGGAGUGCCCGGAGACGCCCUGGCUGGUGAUGACAGCCGGGACGGAUCUCAGACUGCGGCUAAAGAUGACCCUAAGGAAUGGUUCUACGACGAAAUAGCAAUGGACGAGAUGGAAACAGGGGAAGAACCCGAAGCCGAGUCCGACGAGGACUACUUCGAUGAUACUUACGCGAACCGGCGCAAGCGACGAGGCGGGGCCACUCCGUCCGGGCCCGGAUCCAGAGGGGGCCGGGUCAGAAAGUCGCAGCCUGAUGAUGGCACUCCUAAGAGGGGCCGAGCGGGUCGCGGACGCAAGCGCGCAGCUCAAAGCACACUCCCGUACGAGGUUCCCGGCGACUCGGAGAAGCCAUUUGGUUGCGAACUUUGCGGCGCUAAAUACAAAACGCGGGCAGGGCUUAUCUACCACUUCACGCACACUCACAAGGACCCCCCGCCCGGGUCCUCGGCCCCGGCCGCGGGCAGCGACGGGGACUCCCGGGACAGCCGCCCCGGGGCCCACACCCCGCCCCAGCCGGUGGCCCAGGCCCAGCCCGCGACCGAGUACCAAGAUAGUUACGUCACCUUUCUGAAUAACCCUGGUGUCGGCACAGGUCUAGCCGCAGCCGCAGCGGCGAGCGCGGCCCCUCCCCCCGCGCGGCGGCCCUCGCCCCCGCCGCGGCCCGCGUCCGCCGACACCUCGUCAUCAGACUCUGCGCACGCGCCGCUAGUGCCGCCCGGCACCGCCGCCGCCGCCGCCGCCGCUGCCGCCGCUAGCGCACCGCCCGCGCCUGAAGCUAAAGAGGGGGAAGCCAAGGUCUCGCCGUCACCCUACUGCGACUUCUGUCUCGGCGACGACCGUGAGAACAAGAAAACGGGCACACCCGAAGAAUUGGUCAGCUGUUCCGACUGCGGCAGAUCAGGUCACCCAACUUGCCUGCAGUUCACAGCCAAUAUGAUAGUGUCUGUGCGCAAAUACCGCUGGCAGUGUAUCGAGUGCAAAUGCUGUUCAGUUUGCGGCACAAGCGAUAACGAUGACCAGCUGUUGUUCUGCGACGACUGCGACCGCGGCUACCACAUGUACUGCCUGGCGCCUCCGCUGGAGAGUCCGCCCGAGGGCUCGUGGUCGUGUGCGCUGUGCAUCAAACAGUUCCACACCAAAUGAGGCGAUGGAAAGAGUAAGAUGGAUAUACACACGUAAACGGCGUUGCGGUGUGUCGUUGUUAUAUCGUAAAGAUAUUAUGAUUCGGACCUGUACAUUGUUGCCAUAGAAUAAUUUUCACAGGCUCUGUCCUCUGUAAAAAAAACAAUCGCUCGCACAGCUAUAUUCACAUUGAAGUUUCAACCUUAAUCCACAGUCAUAAGGUUGAAUGUAAAAUUUGUAGUUGUGUUAGGUUUGACGUAAUCUUUUAUAUAGGUUGUAAAUAGUAUGUUACCGUCGUGUGCAUUGCUCUUUAAUAUAAGGUUGGACGUGAGCGUUUAUACUGGAUGGCUUUUCAGUUAUUGUAUUUAAUUUAUGAUAUAACUCAGUUUUUUAAAAUGUUAUGUAUGGAUACAUAAAUCAUAAAAAGCGUACACGAAAUCAUCGAAGUUACGUAACGUACAGAUAACUAAUGAUUUGACGAAAUGACACUUGGCACUUCUCUUUAAUUGACAGACGCGCUUUCGGCGUCAUGCUUGUACUGCCUCGUGAGUUAGAUUGUAUGGUGAAUACGGAAUUAUUCGCACUUGGCUGUAUUGCGUAUAUCUUAACUUAUAUCAUACACUAUGCGUGUAUCAAUACACUACUUUUGAUGACAAAAAUGAGCCCCAUAUAACCUGUUUUGGAGGAGUCAUUGUGCCUGUGGAGCUCACCCAUGUUAAGUUUCAAAUAAACAAAUGUCAUCUUUGACAAAAGAAUCUUUUGUGAAAGAUGAUAUUUGUUUAUUUGAAACUUAACAUGGGUGAGCUCCACAGGCCCCUUAAGAUGCUUCGUCAAUAAAAAAGUUAUAAAUAUUAUUUUUUUAAACAACAACAUUUAUGUUUAUAAAGUCGUCCGGUGUGUCGCUACUGUCGUCAUCUUCACACCGCGUUUCUUCUACCUCCACCGGUGCUUGAUUUAGCCGAUUUAGUUUUGGACCGGGUUCUAUCGCCUCAGGGACAGGUUCGCAGUUAUAUCUCUCAUUUUGAUUUGAAAAAUUGGGACAUUUGAAUAUUGUUAGUUUUGUAUUAUUUUUUUAUUAUGAAUGGUUCGCUAACUGGUUUAUCAACACACAAUAUUAUAGUACACAAGCGGCUAGUCCUGGCUUCGUUCGGCUAAAAAUAUAAUAAACUAGAUGUUGCCCGGGGCGUCGCCGCUCCCGUGGUAAUUUUGAGAUAAAUUAUAGCAAUCUUGGAUAAAUACCCUUUAGCAAUCUUGGGUAAUGUACCUUUCUAAUAGUGAAAGAAUUUUUGAAAUCGGCUCGGUAGUUUCGGAGAUUACCCGCCUCAAACAUACAAUCUCACAAAUGCUUACUUCUUUAUAAUAAUAGUAUAGAUUACACGUCCUAACCUUCCUCACUAUUUAUUAGUGAAAACCGCAUAAAAUCCGUGCAGUAGUUUUAGAGUUUAUCGCGAACAGACAGACUGACGCGGCAGAGGACUUUUUUAUAAUAUGUGAGAAUAAUAAUAAUUACAUAAAAUAUAAAAAAGAUCAUUAAUUUGUAUUUAUACCAGGUGCCAGCUUUCGUGUUCUGUUAGGACCGUUAUUGCUUUAAAAAUGUGUGGUAAAUUCAAAUUGACCUGACAUCAAAGACAUUAUAUUAAUGACAAAAUGUUUUAUUGUAACUAAAAUGUAUAAAUCACAAAAACCGUCCAGUUAGAGACUUAUUUUUUUUAUUGGCAGUAGCAAAAACAAUCUACAGAUCUAACUGCGAACAAUGUACAGAUGUAUUUUUAUACAGCGAAUAUGCAAAUUCUAGAUUUCUGCUUGUCUCUGAUAUAUUUAAAUAUAGAUAGUCCUUUAUCAAGAAAAUAAUACGAUUGUAUUUAUAAUUUUAUAUUUACCUUUUGUUGAACAUUAUUUUUACAUAAACAAAAAAAAAACAAGUGUGAGGUGAAUCAAAAAAUAAGUUCCCGCUGAUUUUUGUUUUAUUGACAUUUAUAUUUUUUACUAGCACAGACAAAGGUCACAUUUGUUUACAAAUUUUAUAGUAAGAGGGCCUAAUUUCUAUAAAUCUAUAGACUAAUAAUUUUUAACUAUCCGACUACAUAGGACAGACGCUUAUUUAAGAGCUGUAAAUAUGUAUCUGCUUAUAUACGUGGCAACCUAAUAGUAUAUAGUCAAGUUAUAUAAAAUUCUACAUUUGUCUGUUAGGAAUCACUGCCAGGAUUCUUAUAUAGUUCAAGUGAUGUUAUAUGUAAAGGCAUUUUAUAAAACUUUAUAUAUAAAAAAAUCAACUGCACCAAUCUUCAUCAGCAGCUUACAUAUUACAUUAUUCCUAAUAUUAUAAAUGCGAAAGUAUUUCUUUCUGUCCGUCACUCUUUCAGGGUUAAACUGAUUUUAAUGAAAUUAGUAACGUUGAAAUAUAGGGACAAAAUGCCUUUUAGAGUGCACUCCAGUACGUGGAACUGGCCACGUCGUUGUUGUAGUCGCUGACAACGAAAGCGUUGCGCGAUCUCUUUACGUACGUCGUCUACUACGCGUACGUCGCACCUAACACCAAGAAAUAGAAAAAAUAUUUUUUUUUUUUAUAAAAUACCUUUACUUAUAAAUUGUCUAUUGAAUUCAUCUAAUCUGUCUAUGUAUCUGUUCAUUGAUUACCCUGGUCGUGUCAUGGUUGACUCUUCACGGAUUUUCAAUUUUCAGUUUACAGCAAUAGUAAUCGUAUGGCAAAAUGGAAUCUAUUAACUGGCAAUAGAGUAUAUUUCAGAUUAAAAUCUGUCCAGGAUACGUUAACUCUGAACGGAUAAGUUUCUGCAUUUAGAGAACAAUAUUUGUAAAUCGAACACAUACUUGAUUUGAAAUGGUAUAAAUUACUUUUUUGAUUAUUUUUCCUUCGCUCAAUUUCAGUUUUUUUUUGUAAUUAGAAUUAUGUUGAAAUAUUUUUUUAUUCUUUUUUAAUGAUGCAGUCAUACGUAACUGCUUAUAAUGCCAUUUCGAUCUAAUCUAAAUUGUAAGUACAUAAGUGUAUUAACUUAAGUUAGUGUCGGUCUAAGCAAUGUGAAACAUUGUCGAUAUGUGAAACUUAAAAGUUUUUAUUUUUGUACUAAUCCUAAAUAUUUUUACUUGCUAUUUUCAACUAAUUUCUAUCAUGUUGAAUUGGAUAUGGACAUUCCAAAUUUGCUCUUUGCUUAUUGUUGCGAUAUUGCACAAUCAAUGAAAAUAAUUGCUUUUUUUUAUUUCGAAUAUCUACUAAUAGUAAAAAAAAACAUGUGAAUCAAUGAGCUGAGAUGUUUUCGUCGUAAAUCAUGUAAAAAGUCAUUUAUUCGAACAAAAUUUUUACUUAAUACAUGUGUAUUCAUGUAUUCAUUUAUGAAAUUUAUUUGGCAGUUUCCCUACAAAACCAUGUAGUAAUACAGAUGUUUUAAACGUAAUAUUGUAUAGACAUUUUCAUACACCCAUAUUUGUUACAAAUAAUCUUAUCUGUCGCCUUAAAACUACGUAAAAACCUAAAAGAAUAAAUUAAUUUCACGCUAAUAAUGUAAACUACGACUUCUGUAUACUAUUUGACCCUUUUCUGUCGUUAUAGCUAUUAUCGACUAAUGAGUAACGCACAAUUUUAUUUAAAUUAUAGCAAUAUAUAUAAUGUAAUUUUGCCGCCUCAAUAUUAAAAAUGUUACUCUCUGCUUUGAUUUGUCUUGUUCUUUCAAUAUACUGUAAUUAGAAAUAAGGACAAACUAAAGAAUAAUAUUCCCAGACCGAAUCAGAAAACAAUACUUUUAUUUGUAAGGGGAUUGGUGUUGUCUACGUGAGCAUGAAGCUAUUGCCAGUAAUACAAAAAACUUUUUGAUGCAAGGUACUUAUUUUGCUAUUGCUAUAUCGGUAGUCCGACCUCUCAUAUACGUAGAUAUAACAUGUAGAUAUAAUCUUUCACCGCGCAAGAAAGGGAAGUCGGCUACGGAAGAGAUAGCAAUAUAUGUGCUUUUAAUCAUAAAUAUCUUGGCAGUACACCGGCUCCAGUAUAGCUUCAUGGGUGUAUUACAUAACAUGGAAACUGCCAAAAAUCCUAACUUGACGUAAUACGGUAAAGUGCUGUGAUCAGACUAGUUGGUUGUGACGGGAGUGAAGUACAAUCAGACAGGGAAUGACCGUCAAUAUUGUUGACACCGCGGCUGGGUUUGAUGCAUGAAGGUCAUGAUGUGUAUCACUGCACUUUUGCAGUGCACAAUGUGAGUCAAAUUCCCGCAACACGUUCUCACAAAAAGAGUAAGACAGACGACAGCUUUUAUAUAUUCAUUUAACUAAUCCGGUCACGGUCUUGUCCUGUCUGAUGUAUGCCGAUUUGCUUUUUAAGUCUAGUGUUAAUCCGAAUUUUUUUUCAUCUUUUAUUAUGUAUAGCAAAUAUUUUUUUUAUUAAUUCUGAUUUUUUCGAGGAUUUGCAUCACACCGAUUUAUAAAAAAUGAACCUUGAACAAAAUAAAACUAAAAUUAUCAAGUUUUCUUUUUCAUUUGUGCAAACAAAUGAAAAAAUAACAAGACAAUUUUCAAAUUAAGUAUCUAAAUAAAUUCUUAGGUAUUAAAAAAAGAAACUUGUAUUUUGACUUUUGAUAUUUUAUAAUAGGUAUGUUUUUAGUCGGUGUGAUUUAUGUCCUCUUGUGAUGUAUGACGUCAUCCGUGUUCCUGUAAAUUUUGUUCUCAUAAUCGAGUUUGCAUAAUCAAAAUACAACGUGGAAUUUAUAUUCUAUUUUAAAGGUAGACUAAUUGUGUUUUGUCUAUAUUUUUUGCAAAUGAACAGGUUUAGAAACUUAUAUUUUUUAUAUGUACCUAAUGACAGUAAUAUGGUGCGUUAAUUAUAUUGAGCUUAACUUACGAUAUAAUUUUAAUGCAAUACCGAUUAUGGGAUAUUCACCUCAAUCUGUUAGUUAUUAUCGUAAAAUAAGAUUUCCAACCUGUAUGUGUCAUACUAAUUGUGGUGACUUAACGAAAUAAAAUGGAAAUUGUAA